AAGAAAUAAUUAUUAGGAGCCAACUAGUAGGCAAAGUCAAACUUGGGGGAUAAUGGCUUACCCCAAAGGUGCAGUUGAGAAAAUAAUGAAGGCAAAGAAAAGAUUCAUUAGAUAGAAUCAUAGAGAAGGUAUCCCUUUCUUUUCUUGAAAUAAGAAAUGUUUGAACACUAAGCAAGCUCUCUCUCUCUUUUUAAAAGUCUCCCCCAUGAGUCCUGUCCACCAAAUUCCAUUAUUCCUUCAACAAACGAAAAAACCAUUCACCACAAAGGCCAGUCUUUUUGAUCAUUCUUGCUCCCCAUCCCUUUUUGUUUUUGUUUUUCCUCUCCUUUUUAUCUCAUAGCUCAAAAAGGGAAGAAUCAAUGUUGCAAAAACAGCCCAAUAAAUCUUCUUUCCAGGAAUCUCUCAAAGCUCUUGAAGCUGAUAUACAGCAUGCUAAUAGCCUGGCAGCUGCUCUACCAAGAGAUUAUGGUGGGAAUUGUUAUCAAAUGAGAUUAUCUUAUAGCCCUUUUGCACCUUUCAUCCUGUUUUUGAUUGAAUGGAUGGACUAUAGUUGUACAAAUACCCUUCCUAGUUAUUUAGGCCUUUUCCACAUACUUGUUUUCAAGGCAUACGUUGAUGGAAUACCAGCUCUAUCCUCCAAAGAAAGGAAAGCAACUCAAAGGGAAUUUUACGCUGUUAUUUACCCUUUGCUCAGACAACUUGGAGAUGAGUUUAUCAAAUUGGAAGAUAAUAAGAAAAACCAAUGCACAGAAGUUUUGAGCAGAAAGAGAGUUGAAGACCGAAAGAGGGUCUCUAAUAAAGAUUUAGAGAGAGAUGAUGAAUGUGGAAUAUGCAUGGAGAAUUGCACAAAGAUGGUUCUGCCCAACUGCGGGCAUGCCUUAUGCAUAAGCUGCUUCCAUGACUGGAAUGUUCGUUCUCAAUCUUGCCCUUUUUGCCGUGGUAGUUUAAAAAGAGUGAGUUCUAAAGAUCUGUGGGUUCUCACAAGUGGCAAUGAUAUAAUUGAUAUGGUAACUCUUGCAAAAGAGAACUUGAGGCGUCUCUACCUCUACAUGGAAAAAUUACCUUUUGUAAUGCCUGAGACACAUCACUAUGUAUCUGAUUACAUGAUCUAACAAUGAAUGAAGACUGCAGUAUCAAACCACAGGAAAAGCCAUCCAUCCAUUGUGCAAACAAUCUGGUAUGGGAAAGCUUAGCUUAUCUAUUGAUCUCUUUAAGGUCUGUUCCAUGGCAUUUGUAUAUAGUAAUUAACUGAGCUACUGCCUACAUCUUGUGAGGGUUUUGAAAGUAGGAAGCAGGUGACUUCGAAGAUUUAUGGAAUUUGGUAUAGAGUGGCCUGGAUAACGCAGAGAGGCAGGGAUUACGAACCUGAAUGUAUAUGUUGCAAAGCAAGAUAAUAGAUGCAAACUUAAAAUAAAAAGGUAUUCUUGGCAUUCAACUCAGCUUUUUUUUGGGACCUGAGUGUUGGAAUGGAAAUGUAAAGAGAUUCAUCACUUGGUAUCUUAAUUUCUUCAGUUUCUACUUACUGUCAUCUGAUCUAUGAUGAACAGCAUGGAUCAAAUGUAUCUUUUCAGAAAUUUGUGCCUCAUCAGGAAUUUCUAUCAUUCUGGGAACAAUUAUUCUUGUCUUUGAAAAGGCCAUGAGAUUAAUAAAUCUUAAACUUGAA